AUGACUGAUAUUUCUUUCUUACAUUUUCUUUCCUUCUUUCUUUCUUUUAUUCAUUUCCUUUUUAUUCCUUUCUUACCAGGAGUUUCCUUUUCUUUCUUUCUUUCUUUCUUUCUUUCUUUCUUUCUUUCUAAUCCAUUUCUUUCAUUCAUUCUUUUUUCUUUCAUUCAUUCGUUCUUUCGUUCUUUCUUUUCCAAUCGAUUUCCUUCCUGCAUUCUUUCUUUCCUUCUUUCUUUAAUCUUUUUUCUUUCUUUACUUCUACUUCAAAAAAUUCAUUUUUCUUUCACAUUGUAUUCCCUCUUCAAUGCAGAACUUUCUUUCUUUUUUUUCUUUCUUUUUUCUUUCUUUCUUUCUUUCUUUCUUUUGUCAUUGAUUUCUUUCAUUCAUACUUUCUUUCUUCCAUUUUUUUCUUUAAACUUUCUUUCUUCAUUGACUUUCUUAUUUUUCUUUCUUUCUUUCUUUUAUAAUAUAAAUCUUUACAUUCAUUUAUUUUUCUUACAUUUUCUUUCGUUGUUUGUUUCUCCCUUUCUUUUGUGUUUGUUUCAUUCUUACACUAAUUCAUUCACCCUUUCUUUAUACUUUGUCGCACCCUCAUAUCAAAACAAUUCUAUCUGUCACUCUCCUCCUUUCUAG